AAUAAGGCAAACGUAAACACAAGCCGGAACAAGUUGCAUUUCAACGACGCUAGUACACAUUUUGGUCUCAUGACCCGCGUUUAAGUUGUUUACUGGUUUCGUGAUGAGUCUCGACACCACCGUGAUUUAUAUAAGUUAACUAUUUUUUCAUUUGUCUCAUUAGCUAAAACAAAAAUCGCAAUUCGCUAAAAUCAUUAUCUAGCUAGCUUGGUGAACUGCGACAUGACCAACAAAAUGUAAUUAGCAGGCCGCUUUAUGACCUAACUAAAAAAGGCUAUCCAAACGUCAUUAAAUUACCGUUAAAGUUAAUAAUACAGAUUGUAGUAAUGCCCGAGCUGGACGUGAAAUAUUCAGGCGCUGAGAGCCCGAAGAGACGCCGCCGCAGCCGCUCACCGGACCACGGGCUGAAGAACCACAGACACGAGCACGAAGACGAGCACAGGUCGCGACACAACGACAAAGAGAGGAACAGAAACCGGUUCCGAGUAGAGAAUUCCCGUAGUCGUUCCAGGUCAAGGGAAAGAGAUCGGUUAAAUUGGUCAGAUCAGAGAGACCGAGAUCACGGCUUCGGAUCAAGAUCCGAUUACUAUGAGAAGAGAGAUGAUGCCCAGCGACAGAGACAAGACGCCUUCAACGCGAGGCGUCUACAGGAACGUGAGAGAAUUGGUGAACUGGGAUGUCCUGAGGUCUGGGGAUAUUCUCCAAGAGUCAGAGAGCCUGACUCAGACGAACACACUCCUGUAGAAGAGGACGUGAAGAACAGCAGCUCUGAUUCAAGUGCACAGGAGGAAAAGAAGAAAAAGAAAAAGAAGAAGAAGAAAUCAAAGAAGAGAAAGAACAGGAAGCACUCAGAGGACAGUGAGCCAGAAAGUGAAGAUGAGAUGAAAAAGAAGAAAAGAAAGAAGAAAAGUAAAAAGAAAAAAUCAAAGAAGAAGAAGGCAAAGAAGAAUCAGAAGGAGUCCAGUAGCUCUAGUAGUGAACAUUCGGAGGAAGAAGAAGAGGAUGUCGAUGAAAUCUCAUGGGUGGAGAAAACUGGUGUUGGAGAAGAUGUUGUUGGACCUGAAGCUCCUCUCACUCACCUGUCCCAAGAUGACAAACCUUUGGAUUUUGGCCACGCUUUGCUACCAGGUGAAGGUGCGGCCAUGGCAGAGUUCGUCAAAGCAGGAAAGCGUAUUCCAAGAAGAGGUGAAAUAGGUUUGACUAGUGACGAGAUUGCAGAGUAUGAGAAAUGUGGCUAUGUCAUGAGUGGAAGCAGACAUCGGCGUAUGGAGGCUGUGCGUCUGAGAAAGGAAAACCAGAUCUACAGCGCUGAUGAGAAGAGAGCUCUUGCUUCAUUUAACCAAGAGGAAAGGAGAAAGAGGGAAAGCAAAAUCCUUUCCAGCUUCAGGGAAAUGGUGUACAGAAAAACUAAAGGCAAAGACGAGAAGUAGACAGUCCUGCAGAAUUAUAUUUUCUGUUGGGAUGUUAUUAGUUUUUUUUUAAUGAAACAUAAGAUGUGAUCAAGUCAUGGAUUUUACACAAAUGUGUGUUCAUUUUUGUCUGCUUGGGCAUCCUCUUGUACAGUUCACAGUGAGAGGCUUGUGAACUGAAGUUUCUUUUAUUACAAACAAGAAAUAAACUUUGAUCAGUAGAGCUCAAACCAUUAACCACUGCAAUUCCCUUUAUGUAAUGUGUGUUGCAUCUAAAUAAAAAUGGUCAGGUGACCCACUGUCA